AUGAAGCCCAUCUCCAGAUCAGGCCCAUCAGAGAUUAAAUUGAAGCCCAACGAUCUGGUGAGUCUCGACGGCGAGAACGAAAGCUUUGCCGUUCCGAUGAAAUGGAGACGAUGCUCCGAUUUUGUAGAGAUAAUGGACAGAUUCAGUGGGUUAUGCGAUGAAUUGCUUGUGAAGAUACUCUCGUUUCUUCCCACAAAAGUUGCAGUAUCCACAAGCGUUUUAUCAAAGAGAUGGGAGUUUCUUUGGAUGUGGCUGCCUAAACUCGAUUACAUAGAUCCAAAUCCUGCACUUGGAGGUUUUAUCAGCAAGAAUCUGCCUUUACACAGAGCUCCGGUGAUUGAAAGCUUGUGCCUCAAAUCUUGCUGCAGAUCAUUUCACCCUGAGGAUGUUAAACUGUGGAUUGGGAUUGCAGUCUCUCGCUGUUUGCGUGAGCUAAGCAUUUACUAUCCGUCUUUCAAUGUCGAGACUGAUUUAUCACUGCCUUGUAGCUUGUAUACCUGCAAGUCUCUGGUGACUUUGAAGCUUAAAGGAAUGAUUCUUGUGGAUGUUCCAAGAACGGUUUCUCUCCCUUCCUUGAAAACUCUGCAUCUUCAACAAGUUAAGUUCUUGAACGAAGCUUCUCUUCGGCUGCUUCUGUCUUAUUCCCCUGUGCUUGAAGAUUUGGUUAUUGAGCGGGACGGGGAUGAUGAUAAUGUGAAGGCGUUGGUUGUUAUCGUCCCGUCUCUGCAGAGGUUGUCUUUGAAGAUAGGUUGUGAAAGUUGUUCCGAUGGGUAUGUGGUGGUUACACCUUCUUUGAAGUAUUUCAGAGUUGAGGACGAGAGAGAGAGUUAUUCCUAUUUGAUUGAGCAGAUGCCAAAGCUGGAAGAGGCAGAGAUUAGUGUUGAGCAAGACCUUGAGAAGCUUAUCGAGCCAGUCACAUCUGUCAAACGCCUUUCAUUGUGCCGAUUAUUCAACAGUAGCGAAGAGACAGUGUAUCGUGCUGGCAUUGUUUUCAAUCAGCUAGGUCUAUGCAACGAUUAUUGGUCAAAGUUACUAGUCCGGUUGCUCAAAGAUUCUCCUAAACUGCGAGUCCUCAAUCUUUACGUCCAUGAUCCAUGUUUUACCGAGUAUGAACGGAUUAGGUGGGACGAUAAGCAGAGCUCUGUUCCGAAAUGUUUGUUGAGGAGUCUUGAGACUUUGGAGUUUAAAGGGUACAUGGGAAGACCAGAAGAGAGAGAUUUCUUGGGUUUCCUCCUCAGAAAUGCUCGUUGCUUGAAGUCUACGUCAAUCUUGCGGUGA